UUCGUUCUCUAAACCUAUUUAAAUUUCAUAUUUAUUUUGUACCAACGUUUUGAUAAUAAAAACCGCCGAAAUGGAGACUUCUCAGAUUCGCCAGAACUACGACCGCGACUGCGAGGAUUUGAUCAACAAGAUGAUGAACUUGGAGCUUUAUGCUUCUUACACCUACACUUCAAUGGCUUACUAUUUCAAACGGGAUGAUGUCGCUCUUCAUGGUUUUGCCAAGUUUUUCAAGGAAAACGGCAAGGAAGAGCGCGAGCAUGCAGAGAAAUUUAUGGAGUUCCAGAACAAGAGGGGUGGACGCAUUGCUCUUCAGGACAUAAAGAAGCCUGAGCGUGAUGCAUGGGGUAAUGGUCUGAUUGCUAUGCAGUGCGCUCUGCAGCUGGAGAAGAAAGUCAACCAGGCACUGCUGGAUCUGCAUAAGGCUGCCUCUGAGAAGCACGACCCUCAUCUGUGUGACUUCCUGGAGACUCACUACCUGAAUGAGCAGGUUGAAGCCAUCAAGAAGCUUGGUGAUCAUAUCACCAACCUGUCCAAGAUGGAUGCUGGCAACAACAGGAUUGCGGAGUACUUGUUUGAUAAGCACACCCUGGAUAGACCGAGCUAAAUAUGGCCCUCAGAUCAACUGCAUACUGCAAAGCUUAAAUCUGUAAACUAUUAAAUCAGCAUGCAAUAUGUUAUCACACAGCUCUUAUGCAAAGUUUUCAAGUUUAGAAGUUAACACAACAUUUAAUUAGACAAGUAAAAGUUCCAUGUCACCAUAUCAAAAUAAUGCCAUCUUGUUUAAUUUGUCAUCUGGUGUUAGGAAAUAAUUGAUUGACUGAAUGUACACUAAUUGGUGAAUUUGAAUAAAC